AUGCAUAGCCCUUCAAUAACAACAACCCAAGAACCCAGUCCUGUCUACGACCUUGUAUCCCAAUUGGGUCGCUUUGCCUUCAGUUCAAGGUUUCAGAACCAGGGCUCAGAGGGGCACUCUCCGUUUUUAUCUAAUUUCUUGUACUUUGAUGGCUUUGGGGGUUCAGUUUCCGGGAAAAAGCCCAAGGUUGGUGCUUCAGCUUCACUGAGUUUGACCAGUAGAGGCAGUUCAAGCAUUCGGAGAAUUGUGACCGAGUUUAAUAGAGCAAUUAGGUUCCAUUGUGACAAAUUCCCAAUUGGGUUUGCUUCAGUUCAGACUGGUUAUGGGGAUAACAAUGGAUCGGAUAAUGGUGUUGGGGACAAUAACAAUGUCUUGAUAGAAGAUGGGGGUGGUGCUAACGAUCAUGGGAUAGCUUUGAAUGGUGUGGGGGCAGAGAGACCCAAAAAGGUGCUGAUUUUGAUGAGCGACACCGGUGGCGGUCACCGAGCUUCUGCAGAAGCUAUCAAGGCAGCGUUUAAUGAAGAAUUUGGGGAUGAAUAUCAGGUGUUUGUUACUGACUUAUGGUCGGAUCAUACGCCUUGGCCAUUUAAUCAACUUCCCAGGAGCUAUAAUUUCUUGGUGAAACAUGGGCCAUUAUGGAAGAUGACAUAUUAUGGGACUGCUCCACGUCUGGUGCAUCAAUCUAAUUUUGCGGCAACUUCUACAUUUAUAGCUCGGGAGGUUGCCAAAGGAUUGAUGAAAUACCAGCCGGAUAUUAUUAUCAGCGUGCACCCACUGAUGCAACAUGUACCACUUCGUGUCUUAAGGGGAAGGGGUCUAUUGAAGAAAAUAGUUUUUACCACAGUUGUCACAGAUUUAAGCACUUGCCAUCCUACAUGGUUUCAUAAGCUUGUAACAAGAUGUUAUUGUCCUACAACUGAAGUUGCGAAGAGGGCAUUGAAAGCUGGACUCCAGCCUUCCCAAAUCAAGGUUUAUGGCCUCCCCGUACGCCCUUCCUUUGUCAAGCCUGUGCGACCGAAGGCUGAACUCCGGAGAGAAUUAGGAAUGGAGGAGGAUCUUCCUGCUGUGUUGCUGAUGGGAGGAGGAGAAGGAAUGGGUCCUAUUGAGGCUACAGCUCGGGCACUUGGGGAUGCAUUAUAUGACGAGAAUCUUGGGGAGCCUGUAGGUCAGGUCCUUGUCAUAUGUGGUCGCAACAAAAAGCUUGCAAACAAAUUGCUUUCAAUCAACUGGAAGAUCCCUGUCCAGGUGAAGGGGUUUGUUACUAAAAUGGAGGAAUGCAUGGGAGCUUGUGAUUGCAUAAUUACAAAGGCGGGCCCAGGCACUAUUGCAGAAGCCAUGAUAAGAGGCCUCCCGAUAAUUCUGAAUGACUACAUUGCUGGACAGGAAGUUGGGAAUGUACCAUAUGUUGUUGAAAACGGGUGCGGGAAAUAUUCUAAAUCUCCGAAAGAGAUAGCAAAGAUUGUUGCUCAGUGGUUUGGUCCAAAAGCUGACGAGCUCAAGGCCAUGUCGGAAAACGCAAUUAAGCUGGCGAAGCCUGAUUCUGUGUUCAAGAUUGUUCAUGAUCUUCACGAGCUGGUUAGACAACGAAGCCUUGUACCUCAAUUAUCAUGUACAACUUAA